AAGGCCUUCAACGGCAUACAUGUGGCCGACUUUGCGACGCUUAUACCGGCGUUUGUCAAACGGCUACUUAGGGUGACCAUCACCGGUAAGAUUGGAUUUUUCUUUGAAACCACGCGACAUAUAUUGGCCACCAGGAGGGCCCACCCGAGCGAUAAGCAUAACGACUUUAUUCAACUGAUGAUGGAGGCCAUGUUGACCGAUAAGGUGACCAGGGAUGAGCAGGAUACUAAUGAAGCGCACUAUGUCAAUGAGGGAGCCGAGGAACUGGAGGUCGAGCGAAAGGCCCUAACCCGGGACGACCCUAAAUCGGGCGCCAAACAGCUGACCGAAAACGAGAUCGUCGCCCAGGCG